AACACAAACCUUUAAAAACCCUUUCACGCAGAUCCAAAAACUACUUCCUCCUCCCUGCCGAUACUCCUUUUUAUUCGAGUGAACCCUAAUUUCACUCCGCUCUCAUAGUCGUCGCUUCGUUUUCAGCUUUACUUGCAAAGAUAAAGAUGUCGAGCGCUUUAAAUUUUUCUGGAGACGAUAUCAUCGCUGCUGUAGAUGCAAGGAUGUCGAGCAUUUUAUAUAAUUUGUCUCUAGACGAUAGCAUCAACAACAGCAAAAAGUCCGGACCCGGUCCAGUCCGACGCUUCCCCAACCGCGGCGCCAAUCGAGGAGCUCCGUAUACGGCCGCGAAGGUGGAGAUAAGUGAUUUACCUACUGAUACGAAGGAUACAGAUGAGAUUUUUGAAAGAUUGUCAAUGUUAAGUCUCUCUCCAGGAAACCACUAUCAGGAUGGAGGCAUCAAUCAUCCCCAUAAGUUGACAAAUGAUCCGUCCAUGGCUGAGCGUGGUGCUCAAAAUAAAGAAGCUAGUAUUGCAGAGAAAUGGUCGUAUUUGCUUGAUCUUGUGGUGCACACAUUUCAGUGUCGUUCUUCACUUUGCCAACAUCCAAAAUGUAGUAAGCUGAAGAAGCUCAACCGGCACUGGAGACGAUGCAGGAGAACUGCAUCUAGAGGAUGUGUUCUUUGUUGGAAAAUGUGGUAUCUAUUGCACUAUCAUGCAAGGGCAUGCAAAGACUCUGAAUGCAAUGUGCCACGUUGCAGGGAUUUAAAGAACAUUUUAUGCACUAGACAAGUUGCAUCAAAAGAGAGAGUGAGAAAAGCUUAGGAGGAAUGGUCAGACAAUAGUGAUACGAAUAAGCAGAGCACCAAAAAACAGAAGAAGAUGGGGCUCCUGACAUUGUGAGAAACCUUUUCUGAUUUUCAUCUGUUAAUAUCAGAAGAUACAUAUUUUGAAUAAUGUAUUUUUUGCAAGCUUAUUAGCUACUUUAUUUGGAGAUUAUAUUUUUGCAUCAUUAGUGAUGAUGCUGUUCAAUGUGAAAAACAUCCAUGAUCCAAUGUCAAUAUAAAAAACAGAUUCAA